AUGAGGAAUUAUAAGAAAAAAAGUGACAAAGGAAAAACUUCUGAAGUGGUCAUUAAACAGGCUGUCGAAGCUGUAACUUUAAAAAACAAUACAAUUGCGAAAACAGCAAAAGCUUACAACGUUCCUUUGCGGACUCUUGAGAGGUAUUGCGCAAAAGCGAGGAAAAAUAGUGAAGUCGCAGGAAAACCAAUCUCUACAGAAGUUGUGCAAGAACUCCAGCCUGGUUACUUGAAAAUUCGACGAGUAUUCGACGCUGAGAAAGAAAAUCUUCUGGUUGCUUAUGUGAUGAAAGCUGCAGACAUUUAUUACGGACUAUCGCCUAAAGAAAUCCGUAAGCUGGCAUUUCAAUAUGCACAAGUCGCAAACAUUAAAAUGCCGGAGUCUUGGAGCGAUAAAAAGAUGGCAGGUGCUGAUUGGUUCACGUCUUUUCUAAAAAGACAUUCCACGCUGUCCAUCAGAACACCUGAAGCGACUAGUUUGGCUCGGACAUCGAGUUUCAAUCCAACGAACGUCGAGAAAUUUUUUUAUAAUGUAAAAACAGUCCUGGAGCGAGAGAAAUUUGAGGCGAGUGAUAUAUGGAAUGUAGACGAAACGGGAGUCACCACAGUACAAAAGCCUGAUCGUGUUGUUGCUCGUCGAGGAUUCAAGCAGAUCGGCAAAAUUACGUCUGCAGAAAGAGGCACUUUAGUGACCAUAGCUGCUGCAGUUUCGGCGGCUGGCAACUCUAUUCCUCCUUUUUUUAUUUUUCCGAGAGUCAAAUUCCGCGACCAUUUUAUACGUGAUGCUCCAACUGGUAGCGCAGGAGAUGCUAACCCGUCUGGGUGGAUGAACGAAGACUCUUUCGUAAAGUACGCUCAUCAUUUUGUAAAGCACGCUAGACCUUCGACACAGCGACCCGUGCUUCUUCUUCUCGAUAAUCACGACUCACAUUUGUCGGUAGAGGCUUUGGAUUAUUUCAAAGAGAAUGGGGUCACUGUAUUGUCCUUUCCUCCGCAUUGCAGUCAUAAGCUCCAGCCCUUGGACUGCAGCGUGUAUGGUCCAUUCAAAAAAUACGUCAACUCUUUUUCUGACUCUUGGACAAUGAGAAAUCCCGGAAAAACAAUGUCGAUCUACGAUAUUCCGGGUAUCGUCAACUGUGCUCUUCCUCUUGCUUGCACGCCUUCCAACAUUCAAGCAGGAUUUCGAGUUGCGGGAAUUUGGCCCUUCAACGAGCACAUUUUCACUUUAGCAGAUUACCUACCAGGAUACUCGACAGAUCGACCAAACCCAAGUGAGAAGCAAGGAGAAAAAAAUGAUGGAACAUCUAAUGGAGAAAAAGCCACAUCGCUAGACAACUCAUGUUCAUCUGUUUUGCCGGAAGAAGUGAGGCCACUCCCCAAAGCUGACAACAGAAAGACGGAUGCGACAAAAAGAAAAGGCAGAAAACGUAGGCACACUGCGAUUUUAACAGACUCUCCAGUAAAAGCAGCGUUAAGAGAAGAAAAACAGAAAUUAAUCGAAAAGCGCGCUGCAUCGGCAGUUAUAAAGGCUAGAAACGUUGUCGAAGCAGCAAAAAAGAAAGAAAAAACGGGUAUUUCCACUGCCAAAAACUUCACCAAAAAUGCAAAAAACGCGAAAAAAUAA